AUGGCACCCAACGUAGAUCCGGCACUCAUUGAAGCUCUCCAUCUGGAUCCAGAGCAGACCAAGAUUGCGUCGCAUGGCGCUUCUGGCUUUGCGUCGUCGUUCAAACUCACAUCCGUCGUCGAUGGCCAGCCCGUAAACUUCUUCGUCAAGACGGGGAUGGGGAAAGAUGCAGAAGUCAUGUUCAGAGGUGAGCAUGAAUCGCUAAACGCAGUCCACAAUGCCGUCCCGAACUUUUGCCCAAAAUCGUACGCCCACGGAGAAUGCCAGGCAUCGCCGGGCAAGCAUUUCCUGGUGACGGACUUCCUGGACCUGGGGUCAUCCGCAGCCGGCGGCUCCGGCCUCUCCCUGGCAGCGAAGCUCGCCAAGAUGCACACGACCACGGCGCCCGUCCCGGAAGGCCUUGACAAGCCCAUGUACGGCUUCCCGGUGACGACGUGCUGCGGCUCGACGCCGCAAGACAACUCGUGGAAGGAGUCCUGGGCCGAGUUUUACGCCGAUAACAGGCUGCGUAGCAUCCUCCGCGCCGGAACCGAGCACAACGGCUCCGACGGGGAGCUGUCCAAGGCCGUGGAAACGGUCGCCAGCAGAGUCGUCCCGCGGCUGAUCGGCGACGGCCACGUCAAGGGUAUGAAGCCGGUGGUUGUGCACGGGGAUCUCUGGAGCGGGAACCAUGGCCGGGGUCGCAUCGGCGGCAAGGGUGGCGCCGAGGAGGUGGUGUACGACUCUUCGGCCGUGUACGGGCAUUCCGAGUACGAGCUGGGCAUCAUGAAAAUGUUUGGCGGAUUCGGGAGCACGUUUUGGAACGAGUACAACAAGCUGGUCCCCAAGGCCGAGCCGAAAGUGGAAUGGGACGACCGGGUUGCGCUCUACGAGCUGUAUCACCACCUCAACCAUUACGCCAUGUUCGGCGGGGGUUACCGUAGCGGCGCGAUGGCGAUUAUGAAGAAGCUGAUUUCCAAGUACAGUUGA